GAGGGGCCUGCGGUGGGAGGGGGAAGGAAGGCGGAGGGAACCAUGCGAGGUUCUGAGAUCGGCCGCGGGGGUCGCCUCGAGAGACCGUUUCUGAGCAGGAUUUCUGAAAUCCCCAACACUUGCUUCCUCCUGGGGAUUUGAUCCCCCAUGGCCACCGCUAACAGCAUCAUCGUGCUGGAUGAUGAUGAUGAAGAUGAAGCAGCUGCUCAGCCAGGUCCCUCCCACCCACCCCCCAAACCGGCCUCACCCCAGGCAGAAGCCCCUGUCUCCUCUGAGCCCCGUGGGGCUGGAGGAAGCAGUAUUUCGGGCGGCAAGAAAUGCUACAAGUUGGAGAAUGAGAAGCUGUUUGAAGAGUUCCUUGAACUGUGUAAGAAGCAGACGGCGGACCACCCUGAGGUGGUCCCAUUCCUCUCUAACCGGCAGCAGCGUGCCCAUUCUCUGUUUUUGGCCUCAGCGGAGUUCUGCAACAUCCUCUCUUGGGUCCUAUCUCGGGCCCGGAGCCGGCCAGCUAAGCUCUAUGUCUACAUCAAUGAGCUCUGCACUGUUCUCAAGGCUCACUCGUCCAAGAAGAAGCUGAACUUGGCCCCUGCUGCCACCACCUCCACUGAGUGCUCUGGGGAUAACCCUCCCACAAACCUCUCCUCGGACCUCACAAAUGCUGAGACCUCUGUCUCUGAGGCCCCAAGGACCCAUGGUUCCCGGCGGCAGAUCCAGCGCUUGGAGCAGCUGCUGGCACUCUAUGUGGCAGAGAUCCGACGGCUGCAGGAGAAGGAGUUGGAUCUUUCAGAACUGGAUGACCCGGAUUCCACAUACCUGCAGGAGUCUCGGUUAAAGCGUAAGCUGAUCCGCCUCUUUGGGCGCUUGUGUGAGCUGAAAGACUGCUCUUCACUGACGGGUCGCGUCAUAGAGCAGCGCAUCCCCUACCGUGGCACCCGCUACCCAGAGGUUAACAGGCGCAUUGAGCGGCUCAUCAACAAACCAGGGCCUGAUACUUUCCCUGACUAUGGAGAUGUGCUCAAGGCUGUAGAAAAAGCAGCUGCUCGUCACAGUCUCGGCCUCCCCCGACAGCAGCUCCAGCUCAUGGCUCAGGAUGCCUUCCGAGAUGUGGGCAUCAGGUUACAGGAGCGACGUCACCUUGAUCUCAUCUACAACUUCGGCUGCCAUCUCACAGAUGACUAUAGGCCAGGCAUUGACCCUGCACUGUCAGAUCCUGCUCUGGCCCGGCGCCUGCGGGAAAACCGGAGCUUGGCCAUGAGCCGGCUGGAUGAGGUCAUCUCCAAAUACGCAAUGAUGCAAGACAAGAGCGAGGAGGGUGAGCGACAGAAGAGAAGAGCCCGGCUCCCCCAAGGCGCCUCUUCCCACUCUGCAGACUCCCCCAAAGCCUCCUUGGAUUCUGGUGAGGGCCCUAGUGGAAUUGUAUCCCAGGAGUGCCCUACCACCUCCAAGGCUGAGACAGAUGAGGAAGAAAAUGAGGAAAGUGAUGAAGAGGAGGAAGAAGAGGAAGAAGAGGAGGAGGUUACAGAUUCCGAAGAUGACGAGGAUCUGGAACAGAUGGAAGAAGGUCAGGGGGAUGAUGAAGAGGAGGAGGAGGAGGAGGAAGAAGCAGGUAAGGAUGGAGACAAAAGCCCCAUGUCUCCACCACAGAUCUCCGCUGAACAGAGCCGGGAACCUGGCAAAGGGAUCAGCAGAUCUUCAGGGGCACAACAAAACAAAGGACUCACAGUGUCUCUAUCUUCACUGUCAGAAGAGCCCCUGGCCCCCUCCAGCAUAGAAGUGGAAAGCAAUGGAGAACAACAGCCUGAGGAGUUGCCCCUGGAGGAAGAGAGCCCUAUGUCUCAGCUCUUUGAGCUAGAGAUUGAGGCCUUACCCCUGGAAACCACCCCUUCUCCUGAAGAGAGGGACAUUUCCUCUUCCAGGAAGCAGUCAGAGGACUCCCUAACCACUGUCUUGGAGAAUGGGGCAGCCAUGGUCACCUCCACUUCCUUCAAUGGAGGUGUCUCUCCUCACACCUGGAGAGAUUCCAGUCCCCCAUGCAAGAAAUCUCGGAAGGAGAAGGAGCAAACAGGGUCAGGGCCAUUAGGAGACAGCUAUGUGGAAAGGCAAACGGCAGUACAUGAGAAGAAUGGGAAGAGGAUAUGUACUCUGCCCAGCCCACCCUCCCCCUUGGCUUCCAUGGCCCCAGUUGCUGAUUCCUCGACAAGGGUGGAUUCUCCCAGCCAUGGUCUGGUGACCAGCUCUCUCUGCAGUCCUUCUUCAGCCUUGCUGUCCCAAACCUCCCGAUCACGAGCCCCCCAGCCUAGUACUUACAAGAUGAGUGUGGCCACACAGUGUGAUCCAGAGGAGAUCAUCGUGCUCUCAGACUCUGAUUAACUGGUCUCCCUCCCUCCCUCUCCACCUCCAAAAUGUUUAGGAAUAGCAUUUGGAGGCUUGAUGGGCAGCAGAUGACUGCGGAAAGAAAGGACUGAGCUAAUCCCCUUUGGGUGAUGUUUCUUUUAAAAAAACAAAAGCUUAAGUUUUACACAGAAACAUUAAUAAACAAUAAAGUUCUUUUCUUAUUGUA